CUUAUAAGAAGAAAUAGGAACCUUUUCUCAAGCUGAAGACAAAGUAAAAGAAAACCGUAUCAUGUGUUAGAAUACUGAAGAGUGACAUUUAUUGGAUUAGUAAAUUUCUGGAUUGCAAAGCAAAAGAAAGAAGAGGCUGAAAAUGGGGAGAAAGAAAAUACAGAUCACAAGAAUAAUGGAUGAAAGGAACAGACAGGUCACCUUUACAAAGAGGAAGUUUGGAUUAAUGAAGAAGGCAUAUGAGUUGAGUGUACUCUGUGACUGUGAAAUAGCACUCAUCAUUUUUAACAGCUCUAACAAACUCUUUCAGUAUGCCAGCACUGAUAUGGACAAAGUUCUACUUAAAUACACAGAAUACAACGAGCCUCAUGAAAGCAGAACCAACUCAGAUAUCGUUGAGGUAACAAUUUGAAAAGACACGUCAGCUUUCUUAUCUUAAUGCUCUAUAUUGCUCUAUAUUUGAAGUAUUUUAAGGUAUUUUAACCAAAUGUAUUUAAUAAUUUGAAAACCUUGUCAUAAAAUGUAAACUACUGCUUUUAGUCUGGUUUUUCUAAGACAGGAAGUUGUCUUUACAGGCAUGUUGUUUUCCCAUCUGCCCUCCACCCCCUGCCGGUUUCUGGAAAACAUGUUUGAUUUCAACCACAUUUGGCAAUGGAAAUAGAGGUGUGAAUGAU